CGCGUCCUAAGUUAUCGACUGAGCAGUAACCAAACGCUAACUCAUGAAGUGAAGCAUCACUCUCCUCCCAUAGCUGCCCCCCUCUCGACGUGGUCCUACUAUCCUGCGAUGACAGGGCAGUUCUGGUUUCCCUCCAUGUCCGUCCCUGAGAUCGUCGACGCGUUCAACGGCUGGGGGUUCUCGGUCAGCAACGAGCAAGUCGCGCACCCGACCACUGAGUUCGUCAUGGGUAUCUAUAGUGCGUGUCUCGAGCAGGUCACAGGGAUUACGGCUGCGGCACUGCAGCCGCCGCUUGACAUGGUCCUGGAGGAGGUAGAGAACAAGGAGCUAUAUACCCAGGCUCUGUCACAGAACAUGCUCCUUCAUCACUUGCAGCGCUUCGCCGACGCGGCUCGGUUCCACGACUUCACCGCGAAGGACAUCUAUACUCCCGACGCCGAACGGACGCGUUCCAUUUUCUCCGCGUUCAUCAAUUUCGUCAAGUUCUCUGAACAAUGCGAAGCGUUUGUAUCUGGACUGAGGGAACGCUCGGCGGCCGUCAUCGAGGAGCGCGAUAGGGUCGCGCAGCAGUUAGCAGAGGCGAGGCAGAAGAUCGAGGUUAUCAAAGCGAGGCGUGCAGAAGACGGGCCAAAAUGCGAAGCACUGCGCCAGGAGAACACGUCCAUGACGGAGCAGCUCAUCAAGUACAAAGAGACACAGCUCACGCUCCUCAAAGACCUGGAGACGCUCAAGCAAGAGAUCGAGACUCUGCUACAGCGCAAGGAGGGCGUCAACAACGAGACAGCAAUAGUGACAGAGAAGAUCAACCGUACUAAAGGCCGUAUCGUCCAAGACCCAGAGCGUAUCAAGCGCAACAUCGCCACGAUGAGCGUGACAACGACAGAGGACAAGAAGACUGUCGCAACACACGAAGGCAAGAUUCGCGACCUACAGACGAAGAUCACGGCACUCCUUAAUAUCGAGAAGGAAGUACGCUCCUGCAUCGAGCAACUUCAAACAAUUGAGAAAGAGACAAACGCGCUCGACGCAUCUCAAAAGGCACUCAUCGACCUGCGAGACCAGCUCGACCAGAAGAAAGGCGAGCGCCUAGAGCUGGAAAUGCGACGCGAGCGCGUACACAAGCAGCUCUCCAAUGCACAAGUGAAGCUCGAGCGCGCCCAGCAGAACGCGGAGGAGAGACGCGCGCAGAGCCAGCAGACGCUCGAGCGCUUGCAGGAGGAGUACGAGAAGAUGGUCGUCGACCGACAGCUUAAUGACAAGAAGGUCGAGGAGCUCAGGGCUGAGGCGGACGAGAUCGAGCGGCAGAUGGCGGAACAUUUGAAGAAGAGCCAAGCUGAGUUGACAGAACUACUGACCGAGUAUUGGCGGCUGAGGCAUGAGACCGAGGUGUACAUGGAAACCCUUGCCAACAAAUUAGGAAUGCAAGUCAGGAGUACGUAGCCAUGUUGAAUGAGUGGUACAUAAUUGGUUUCUUCACACUAUUCUUCUGAUUGCAAGUUGUAUUGUUAUCCGU